AUUUAGGGUUCAACCUUCUCUUCCAAUUUUGAGAUCGCUCAGCCUCGCUGGCAUUGCAAACUAACUAAUAUGCAAAAGGAGAAAAGCGGCAAAGAAAAGUUUCUAGCAUGUCUGGCAUUAGGUCACGGUGCUUCUGAUGAAAGAGCAGGUGCUUCUGAUUCCUUUGUACCACCACUGAUAUCUAAAGUUGCCCAAUUGUUUCGAGUAGCCCCUCCAUCUGAUGAAGCGAAAACUGUUUGGAUCUCGGCCUCAAGAUGACUUUGGGGACGUGUUCGCUGACCUCAGCGAGGACGAGUUGCUUGACCAUGGCACAAGCUCUGGGAAAUUCUUGGACUUCUUCACAGAGGCUGACGUCAGACGGUUGCUUCAAGCUUCUGAAGUGUUUCAGACGAUUGAAAGAAAGAGGGGCCAUGCUGACCUCACACUGUCGCUUGACCUGAGCGACUCAUUUGUGCAUAAACUGUAUCUGCAUAGUCCAAAGACUGAGGAGGCGCUCUGUGAGCUGUUUUUGCGGGUCACAAAAAGUACAGACAAUUUCAAGGCUCUUGAUGACAGCGCCCGAUCGGCAGUGGCGGCGGGCGCGAGCUUCGUCAAGGGCUGGGCCAAAACGCACGGCCCGCUGCGCAUGCUGGCGAUCGAGUGGAUGCUGUUACAGGACCCCUUCAAGAGCGCUGCGGGAGUCAAGCUGCUGCCAGGCCAGAAGAUGAUUGGGCUGGGCUGCGCGCAAGAAGUCGUGACCUUCAUUCGCAUGCUGGCGGAGGAGCUGGGCGUCGACGGGCUUAUGAACAAGCCGCUAUACUUCCACAACGCAUUUUUGUACUCGCCGUUCUACACCUUCAUUAACCCGGAGAUUGAAGGGGCGUUUCGGAUACUGGUUACUGACUUGGAAGACGACAUUCGGGAACGCGGACCAGGGACCGUGUCGCACGCAAUCAACUACGGGGCGCUUAAGCACCGACCGAGCGGGGCGGUCGUGGCGUGGACGCACGAAGAGCAGGUUCGGCCGCUCGGAUCAAAGUUGGAAGACCUGUUCUCUUCGCCGGCGUUCGACUCCCUCCUCAAAAGUCGCACGAGCGAAGCGGAGACCGCUCAAGGCGACGCUGGACCUAGCGACAGGGGAAAGGAAGCGAAAACGGAAAGGGAAUCGGACUCUGGAGGGCCACAUGCCUCUCAAGAGGGGCAUGUAGAAUCGGAUGGGAAUUCAGGAAGGCACCUUGGGGAUGGAACGGAAACGGACUCCGGUAGAGAAGCGGAACUGCUAGCGGCGGAAGGCAUGGCACUGCAGAACGGCAGGGGAGGGUCGGAGGACGAUUUGCAGGGAAGGGCGACCAGCACGACCUCGCGGGAGCCUUCCUUGUCGCUUUUUAAGGCGGUCCUCGACGAGUUUCGAGCCAAGAAACGGGAACCUCGGCAUCGAGAGCCAGUGUUUAUCAUUGAUUGGGAUUUGACCGUUGAAGAUAGGACGUCCGUUGAGGACAGAUUAAAGGGCGCCCUUUCAUUCAAAGAAGUUUGCGGGCUGACUCAUUGAGGUGUUGAUGCACUCGAGGGUGCUCAUUUUUGUACGAUACUCGCUGCUGAGACAAUAGUAUCUGAGUUGCUUACGUGAAUCAACAUUUGCCGGGAUUAUG